AAUUUUGGCGCUGUCGUCGUCAACACUCAGCAGGCAGGCAAUUUGCACGUGAGGCUCUGGAUUUCGGCCCGACUUUACUACGCUCUUGUGGUGACCAUCGAGCCGAACUCGUAACCAGGAAUUGCCUGAUGGUGGAUUAGUUCAGCAACUGUACUUUGCGUCCUUGUCUGGACUUUUCUCUUAUCGAAAAUGGCAGCUACCGACGAGUUGUCGCUUCUUGAAAAAGUUGUUUUGCGUAUUGGUUCAGCUGCCACUGAUGAACAACUUCAGAGUGUCGUCUCCAAAUUUUUACCGCCUGUUCUCCUGAAGCUCUCCAGCCAGCAGGAUGGUGUUCGGAAAAAGGUGCUGGAGCUGCUCGUUCAUGUCAACAAGCGAAUUAAGAACCGACCCGUAGUUCAGCUUCCCGUUGAUGCUCUGCUCCUGCAAUAUCAGGAUCCGACUGCCAGCACUUUCGUGACUAACUUCACGAUCAUCUACAUCAAAUUAGGAUAUCCUCGAAUGCCAACAGCGAAACAGGCAGAACUUGCUCCAUGCUUACUGAAUGCCUUGGUCGACAAACCACAGUCUCACCAAGACAGCUUGCUCUUGCUACUGAUGCCAAUUAUGGGCGAGGUCAAAUUUGAGGGUUCAAAUUUCUUCAGGCUCAGUGAGAAGCCAAACCUGGCAAAGUUGCUCCUAGAGUUCAUGCUUGACAUGCUCCUUCUACCUUAUGGUGCUCGGCCUAGCAAAGCUCCAGUUGCAGUCGCUCGCCAACAGCAAAACCAGCAGCAGAGUCAAAUGCCACAACCAGGUGCCCAACAGGGUGGCCAGCAAGCAGCGAAUCAAUGCCAAGUGCCUCCGGGAAUGUCCGAGUAUGGCUUUAAGCGAGUGUGCGGUGAAAACGAGUUGAAGGCGGAGCAGCUGGAGCAAAUUAAAUUGGGGAUAAUUAAGUUUCUGUCUGGAUCUGAUAUACCAGACGCUGAUAAGCUGUGCCCCCUCUCUGUUGCCGCAGCUGAUACAAGGUUUGCUGUGGCCGAAGCCGCAGACUCUGAGCUAAAAAAGAUUGCGCAUAAUUUGGACUGGAGUAGUCCAUCGCUCAUGCAGCUCGUUUUUCUCAUUUUCCUCGGAAAUAUUCCGGCCAAGCAGGUUAAACAGGAACUGAAACGUUACCCGGCAAACACAAGGAUUCGUCUGAAACUGCUUCCCCUGUUGUGCAGAGCAAGAGGCGCAGCUCUCCAGUUUCCGGCUUGUAUUCAAGUUGUCUUUGAUUGUCUUUACGGCCACAACACCAAUCUGCGCCUCAAGCUUACGGCGCUUCAAUACACGACUAUAAUCAUCCAUGCGGCGCCUGCUUCUCGACUCAGUCCUGUAGCUGGAGUCCUCUUAUCAGGCAUGCUGAAACUCAUUGCCGAAGAGCAAGACAAACAGUUGAAAAUUCUUGCGUACAGCACUGUUGGCCGCUUGGGACACAAAAUGCCUAUAUUGGUCAGCAAGGAUUUGACACUCGUCCAGACUUUCUUUGACGCUCUAGCUCAAGAAGACCCUGGAGUGAAAGAAUCUGUCAGAGAGGCACUUCUUAAUUUUUCCACUGCCUUUAACUCGUUGGACCAAGCAAAGAAAACCAUGCUGGCAGCUAUGCUGGCAAAAUCUGUUGAGUCGCCAGAGUCCAUGGUCAGAUUUGUUGCUGUGCGCUACAUUAUUUCUGUGUUUGAUUCGAAGGAUGCACUGUCAAGAUUGAUGCUGCUUCUCGCAACCACCGAUGUCAAGGACGAGGUGUCCAAUGAAGCGCAAAAAGCACUUUAUGGCAUUGAUAAGGGGGAGACUGAUGAGGGUCGACCUGAAAUGCCCACAUUCUUUGACAUGGUCACUCAGAUCAAACAGAAAAUUGAAUUUAGGGCCGAAUCCGCAGCGCCUGGAAGCUUGAACACUCUACCCUUUUCUCCAGAGGUUUUCACCCAGAUGUUGACGUUCACAAGGCUUUGCUUGGCUUCUGAAGCAGGAGCAAAAAUGGCUGCCCAUGUCGCUCGGCCGCAGCCUCUAGCUGCUACCCCGACACUCCGACACCACAUUCAUCAGGUUUUGGCUAAUGAAUCCACUGCUGCGUGCCUCAAGGAAUACUUUACGCUGUUGCUUGAUUUGCUUACAGCCUCUCCAGUUGUGAACCCGUUGUGUUUUUUGGUGGAGCUUGUUGGUUGUGCACCUGAAGAAUUCGCUCCAUCUCUCUGCUCCAGCUUGAAAAUGGUCACUGGCCUGUCGGUAUCUACAAAGAGAGGCCUCAGGGAGAUGGGAUCUCAAUUAUAUGGAAUAAUGCUGGCAUACACCGAAGAUGAUCCAAAGUUUGAAUCCUCCUUGUGUGAGCUCAACAAAGCUCUAUCAAGCAAGAAUUUUGAGACCAAACAUGGAGCCUUACUGACUUUGGGCUUUGGACUGGAAAGAAGGUUGUUUCUCCUGCAACAACAGAACAAGCUUUCUGGAAAGCUGGCAUCCUGGCCUAAUUUAAAACAAGCUGUUUUAUCCAUAAUUGGACUUGUUAAUGACAAUCAACAGAUGUUGAAGUCUUCAGCGUGCUUUGCCCUUGGAGAAGUUGGUCGCCGUGCCAGUUUACCCCUAGAAAAGGGAUCCUUGAAGGAGGAGCCUGGCAAACUUGACGUGGCAAAUCAGCUAUUGGGAAUCGUGCGCAACAACAAACUGCCGAUUAAGGUGAAAGAGGAGGCUGCUAAGGCUGCUGGCCUCCUCUGCGUCGGGGAGAACUUCCCGCACCGGCGCGAGAUCAUGCAGAGCUUGCUCGACUCUGCCAAGGAGAGUCGAGAGGUGGAUGCUCACCUGAUGGUCAGCGAAACACUUGUCACCUGUGCACUUGGACCAGGUGGACCCAACUCAAGAGACUUGUGGAGUGUCACAGAAGAGGAGUUCAGAGUGCCGCCUGAGACUGAUCUGACUCACCUGGAGUGGCUGCUUGAGCAACUUUUGGGCCGCAUGGUUCCUGACCUCCAUCCAGCCUCUCGGCAAGCCUCUUGUAUCUGGCUACUGGCCAUUGUCAAGCACUGCCACAGUUUGACCCCGGUGGCUUUGAAGAGAACUAAAAUCCAAUCUGCUUUCAUGGACCUCUUAUCUGAUAAUAAUGAUUUGGUCCAGGACCUUGCUUCCAAAGGAUUAGGAUUUGUAUAUGAAGCUAGCAGCGAGCAAGAGCAGAAAGAGCUUGUCCAAAACUUGCUUGAACAGCUUUCAUCUGGGAAAAAAGCAGUCCAAAAAGUAACUGCAGACACCAAAGUAUUUGCAGAAGGACAGCUGGGACAAAAUCCAUCAGGAGGAAAUCUGUCCACUUACAAAGAGCUGUGUUCCUUGGCUUCAGAGCUCAAUCAGCCAGACUUGAUUUACAAAUUCAUGCACUUGGCCAACCACAACAACGCCUGGAACUCCAAAUUAGGAGCUGCCUUUGGAUUCUCAAGCAUCAUGGCCAAAGCUGGAGAGCACUUGGAACCGUAUAUGCCCAAGUUGGUGCCAAGGCUUUACCGCUAUCGCUUUGACCCAAAUCCACGAAUUCAAGCCUCGAUGGCAUCCAUUUGGCAAGCAUUGGUAAAAGAGCAGAAAGAAACAGUUGACCGCUAUGAGUGUGAGAUUAUGGAAGAUCUGUUGACGAACCUAACGUCCGGCCAGUGGCGAGUUCGUCUUUCCUGCUGCAACGCUGUUUCCGAUCUCUUGCGUAGCAGAAACUUGUAUCCUUUUGUGCGCCAGGUUUCUAGACUUUGGGAUACACUGAUGUUAGUGAUGGAUGACGUUCAUGAAGGUACCAGGCAGGCAGCCACUCACGCUGCUGAAACUCUGUCAAAGUCGCUAAUCAAGAUAUGUGGUGAGGACCAGGCCAAGGCUGUAGUUGCCGAGGUCCUUGAGUCAGUUCUCAAUGGUCUUCACAGCAAGGUAUCCGAAAUCCGAGCUGUUUGUUUGUCGACCAUUAGUGACUUGGUUAAAACUUCUGGAGAUCUCCUAGUACCGCAUCUACGAGUUAUUCUCGUUGCUCUCUUGCAAGCAGUUGGCGAGGCUGAUCCAGCCUCUUUGAACACGCUAAGUCUCCAACUUUCUGGCGGUGGCACGAGCGCCCAAAAGCAGCAGGAAAUCCUAGAUCACGCUAGAGCUCACUCUAUUCGCGGCCAUCCAGCCAUGCAAACGAUCAAUAGACUGAUGCUUCACGUGACCGUUGACGUUGUGUCCACUUGCGUGUCCGAUUUGGCUGAUCUGUGCGGAACGCAGGUGCAUCUGGGCACAAGGGUGGGAGUGGCCCACUUCCUGGAGUUAAUUCUUCGGCAGUUGGGCGCGGAUUUAAGCCCGCACAUGAGCAAGCUGAUCUGGGCCAUGGUGAAAGGACUGGAGGACCGCAAUGCGGCGGUGCGCACAAUUUUCGCACAGACUCUAGGUCACUUGCUGCACAUUGCGGAGCAAAACAUCGCACAGAAAGUGCUGGCCAAACUGCAGAAACUGUACUUUGACAAACAAGACGAUGCGACGAGUGGUGCAAUAGCACAAGUGCUGCUCACUCUCGGGCAGAACUACUCUGACGCAAUCAAGGAUCACAUUCGCAGUCAAAUCAUUCCUCUGGCCUUCCUCGGGAUGCACACAGCUGCAAGUCCAGAAAACAACCUGAGGGAAUUGUGGACAGAAGUUUGGACCGAGUCGGUGACGUGGACCGAGGCCGGCCUCCGAGCGCACUUGCCCGCCGUCACGCUCAUGCUGAAAGACGCGAUCGAGUCGCGCAGCUGGAGUCUCAAGGCCCAGUCGGCCGAAGCGAUUUGCGCCGUGGCGGCAAAGCUCAAGGGUGACCUUCCGGCCGAGACGCGUAAGGAGCUGGCCACUCUACUCCUCGCCGCUCUCACUGGCAGGACAUUCGCGGGAAAAGAAGCCAUUUUGGAAGCAACCGCGAGUUUCACUAAGAGCUGCAGUGUUGCCUUGAAAGAAGAGCUUAACCAAAUAGUAGAUGAUAAUCAGGCUAAUGAUAUUUUGAAAGCGAUGAUGAGAGAGGCAAGAAAAGAGUCUCCGCAGUACAGAAUUCACGCGCUGGUAGCCCUCGGAGACACACUGCAAGCCCUGGAGGUUGAUUCCUUUGAAGAAGUGUACACGAUGGUCACUCCGAUCCUGAAAAAGGGCCUGAAUGAGAAAGAUAGUUCCGAUAGUGAGGACGACAAGCCUGGUAACAAGGGUGGAGAAAUACGCAUCCGACUGAAGGAGUCGUGCUAUGAGUGUCUCGGCAAAGCUUGGCCCAAGACCGUGGAGACGCAGACCAAGUUUCGGCUUCAGGUGCUGCAGGAGUGCGUUGAGCAGCUUCCUUCGAGCCCCCGCUCCCUCCAGGUGGCCAUCAUGGCUGCCCUGAAGCAGUACAUGGAGCACCUGCACCUUCCCCAGGAGCCGAUGUCAGAAGAUGAACCUGACGAACUUGAAACCAUCCUAGCACAACUCAUAAAGGCUCUUUCCUGCGCAUUGAGUGUUCCAAAGCAUCCAAAGCUCCGGAAAGAGGCUCUCGGUGUUUUAUUCUUGUUGGUCAAGAGACUGAAAGAUGAGGAUCGCAAAAGCCAGAUUGCAAAUAUUGAGAAAAAGUUGAAGAAAAACCUGGAGGAGGCAAGUCGAGACAGCUUGCCAGAAAUCAAGUCUAAAGUUGCAGACAUCAGAGAACUCUUCAAAGGGUUGUAAAUGUGAUUCAUUUUUCACGUUGUCUUUCUCCUGUAUUUUAACAUUAAUUUCUACGCUAUUUGCAAGCCCAGCAGUGUCCUGAUAUCGAGAGAGGACUUUCCGCCUUUCUUUUUGACUUAAGUUUCACAACUUUUAGGCAGUCUAAUAAAACUAAGCUCAAUUUACAUAACCGUAA